GUCAGCCAAAGAGGCGAACAUGAAUAUGAUGAGAGUGUGGGGGGGAGGGGUGUAUGAGUCCGACCUGUUCUACCAGUUGGCCGAUGAGUACGGGAUUAUGAUUUGGCAGGACUUCAUGUUUGCCUGUGCUUUAUAUCCGGCUAACAAAGAAUUUUUAGAUUCCGUACAAAAGGAAGUGAUAACACAAGUGAGACGCCUUCAACACCACCCAUCCAUUGCCAUUUGGGCCGGUAACAACGAGAAUGAGCAAGGUCUUGUCGGGUGGUGGAAGCCUCGUUUACCACAAUAUGAUGCCGAUUACCGCACUCUAUAUGUCAACACAAUCGGCAAAAUAUUGGACACCGAAGAUAGGACGCGUCCGUACGUGAGCUCCAGUCCCUCCAAUGGCUUGGAGUCCAUUAAGGAGAACUAUACAGCUCAGAAUCCCGAGGAUUCACGUUAUGGUGACAUUCAUUACUACAACGAUGGGUCCCGACUGUGGGACUGGACUACAUUCUGGAGCCCAAAAUUUGCCUCAGAAUAUGGAUUUCAAUCAUACCCCUCAAUGGAUUCACUUUCUGAAGCCUUUUCUGCCAAAGAGCUGGUGUUCCCAUUGACGCCUACAGUACAGCAUCACCAACACAAGUGGAAUGAGGACGAGACUAUUGUUCAACAGAUUCUAUUAUCUGAGAGUCCCAUCGAAGGGAGGAAUCGAUAGAUUAAAUGAUUUCGUAUAUUCUUCGCAAAUAAUACACGCCAUGGCUAU